CGCACAGGAAGUAGCGGCUGCGGGGAGCGGCGGCGGCAGCAGCGACAGCCGGGGCUGCCGCACUCAAUGAGCGACGCUCCCGCAGCCGCCCGCCCCGCUCGCCCCUUCCCCGCCUCCCGAGGGCAGCGGCGCCCAGCCAGCCCGCCGCCGCCGGGGGUUGGAGGCUGAAGCGGGCAGAGGCAGCUCCGGCUCUUCCCGAAGAGGAGGAGGAGGAGGAGGAGGCGGCGGCGGCGGGGACUGCAGGCAAAUGAGAAAGCAAAUCUCUUGAGACAUAAGCAGUGGUACUUCCCUGGAGGGAGGAGAUGGGGAUUCUCCUGUUGCUCUGAGUGUUGCCAGGUGCCAGAAGUGGUCCCCAGUGGUGGUGGACAGUUAUUCUGAGUGACGGCCCUUGCACACGCUUCUGAGUGGUUAUCAUGGGCUUCAUUGCCUUCCUGAAGACCCAGUUCAUAGUUCACCUCCUCAUUGGGUUUGUCUUUGUUGUCAGUGGACUGAUCAUUAACUUCAUCCAACUAUGCACGCUGCUCCUCUGGCCCAUCAACAAGCAGCUCUAUCGCCGAGUAAACUGUCGCCUUGCCUAUUCCCUGUGGAGCCAGUUGGUAAUGCUGCUGGAAUGGUGGUCAGGCACAGAGUGCACCCUGUUCUCAGACGAGGCCACGGUGAAAACCUUUGGGAAGGAACAUGUCAUCAUCAUCCUGAACCACAACUUUGAGAUCGACUUCCUGUGCGGCUGGACGAUGACGGAGCGCUUUGGAGUGCUGGGGAGUUCCAAAGUUCUUGCGAAGAGAGAGCUGCUCUAUGUGCCCCUAAUCGGCUGGACGUGGUACUUCCUUGAGAUUGUUUUCUGCAAAAGGAAAUGGGAAGAGGACAGAGAUACAGUCAUUGAGGGAUUGAAACGUUUGUCUGAUUAUCCUGAAUAUAUGUGGUUUCUGCUGUACUGUGAAGGAACUCGUUUCACAGAGACCAAGCACCGCAUCAGUAUGGAAGUAGCUGAAUCCAAGGGGUUGCCUAAACUGAAAUACCACCUGUUGCCCAGAACCAAAGGUUUCACCACUGCUGUCCAGUGUCUCAGGGGAACAGUUUCAGCAGUGUAUGAUGUAACACUAAAUUUCAGAGGAAACAAGAACCCGUCUUUAUUAGGAAUUCUUUAUGGAAAGAAAUAUGAAGCAGAUAUGUGUGUAAGGAGAUUUCCUCUGGAAGAUAUCCCUCAAGAUGAAAAGGAAGCUGCAAACUGGCUUCAUAAGCUUUACCAGGAAAAGGAUGCUUUGCAAGAGAUGUAUAAUCAGGAAGGUAUAUUCCCUGGCAAGCAGUUUAAACCUCCUAGGAGACCAUGGACUCUCCUAAACUUUCUUUUUUGGGCCACAGUUCUCCUCUCUCCUCUCUUCACAUUUGGCUUUGGAGUUUUUGCAAGUGGAUCACCUCUCCUUAUCCUUGCAUUCCUGGGACUUGUAGGAGCAGCUUCCUUUGGAGUUCGUAGACUGAUAGGAGUAACUGAAAUAGAAAAAGGCUCCAGCUAUGGCAACCAGGAAUUCAAGAAAAAGGAAUAACUGAUGGCUGCAGAUCAGCACAUAUAACCAGACUAUGGUAUCCGAUUAACUUCAGUUAAAAAACAACAACAAACACUUAGAAACUAUCUUUUUCUUAAUAACUGAUGACUAAUAUUAAUGAAUAAAACUUGAGCCAAGAAUGAAGAAGUUGGAGGCAUCGACUGAAGAGAAUGCACCAACCUUCUGCCUGUUCAAGGAUUACUGUAGUCAAGCUGUGGGACAAAAUCUGGGGUGGGGUGGAAGAAGAAACUAAUUUUUCUUGCUUUGUUGGGGGACUUGGGGUGGGGGAGAAAAGAGGGCAUUGGCCAUGGCCACGUGUAUCUUCAGAUGACUGAAAACUGGUUUCUGUCAAGAGCACUACACUCACUUUUACAACAGGAGCCAUUGAAUGUUUCCUCUUGCUAAAGCCAAUGUAACAUUUAUUGAUUUCCAACUUCUCUUACUAAUGAGCCAGGAAAAAACACCCUCCUUAAAUGUAUUGGCAGGUGUUCAUUGGGUUAGAGUCUUUUUGGCUGUGUUGUCAUGGCUACAGAUGAAAUCCUGUGUGUAUGUUACACUGACACUUUUUAUUUUCAGGCAACAUCUUAAGACUUCUGUAAUGCAGGAGAAGGGAUAGUGGAGUUUGGAAGCAGCGUGUUAUCCAUCAGCACAUCCCAUAGAAGAGAUCCAAUAGGAUAACACUCCCAUCCUAUCUCCUGCUAACUGCUCAAGGCUGUUUAAUUUCUAAAUAUUACUUCAGUCUUGAGUGCUGCUUGCCCUGUUCCACAUCAAACAUGUUCCAUAUUUUUGAAUUCGCUUGGGCUCGUUUGGUUUUUUUUUUAAUUAGUGGUUGGCCAUGGGAUUUAGAGUUGUAUAAAGAAGGAAAAUUUUCAAUUAUCUUUUUAUUUCUGUUUGCAUCUCUCAUUACCAAAGUCCAGUUCAGCCAACCUCUCUCAUUAAACUGGGAGGCAGCACUAGAAAUCAGCACAAUAGUUUUCAAAAUGUCUUCUUUUGUAAAAAAUGUGAAAAGGAAAGGUCUGUAGCAGUCAAAUUUUGAAUGCUGGUAUCUCUUGAACUUCUGAUGAGAGUUUCAGCAUGGAUUGAGAUGGGGCCAGGACUUUACCCUGUGUGUGUCAGGAUAGGGUGUGCUGCUCUUUUGACUUGAUCAUGCUUUAGAUGUUCAUGUGAAGUUUUUUGCAAGGUGAGCUGUGCUGUUAAAGCAUUAGAAAGAGAAUAAGAUCUCUUCAGGGAUUUUAAUUAUCUUUAGUUUUGCUUGUUGACAUUUUGGUCUUUUUCACUGAAAAUUAGAGCUCAGAAUCAUGUCUGUACCUGUCUCCCUUUUUUCCUUCCUUCCUUUCCUUUUUUUACAAACGCACAUUUGGAGGUUUCUGUAGGUUGCUGCUGUAUGCAUAGCUGGGGAAUUAUUUGCAAACAGAUGGUAACUAUACCUGUAUGUUCAAGUCUGAAGGGCACAAUCUGCAUUUGGCUGCUCUCAGAAGUGGGUGAAAUGAGUUGCAGAUCUACAGCUGAGGACAAAAGCUAACCCUCAGGGUCUGUAUCUUUAACCCAGCUGCCAGUAGAAUAUUUAUCUCACUUUUGUAAAGAGCAGAUUUUAUCAAAGCACUGGUUGUUGUUUUCAUCUGUGCUCCAGUAACCAAGAUAAGAGUAAUAAUUUACCUUCUUUCCGAAUUUGCUCUUAACUGUUGGAAUGUAACCUCUUCUCCUACAGGUUUUUCUGUUUUCAAACACUGGAAGAGCAAUUUUGUAACUUAGAAAAAUAUUUUACUUGGGGUCAUUAAUCACUUGUUCUGUCAUGCACUUGAUUUUUAUUUGUGGUCUUUUCAACAAGAGCAUUUGAAGGCUGACCUGAGUUCUGUCUGUCUCCUGUUAGAUUCCACCUCGCUGAAUCCUUGUACCCAGACCCCCAACGUUAGUGUGUCAUUGUCCCCUCAAUAAAUCUUCCCUAAGAGAGGGGCUGCAAAUCUGUUGCAAAUGUUAGUGGAAUCUGAAAUAUGCUUUGGGAACUGAGGAGAGCAGAGCCUAGCCAUAACUCUGUUUUCCUUGCUGGAUGUUUUUGUAAUUUGUCUUCAAAUACAGUCAGACAUCCAAAUGCUGAUAAAGUUAACUCUGGCUUUUCUCUGUUUUUAACCAGAGGACUGAGAACAGUGGGGGGUUCUUUUUUUUUUUCUUCUUUUUUUUUUUUCUUAAUAAUUCAGUAAUGGGAAUAGUUCUUGCUUCCUAGAAAGAUGUUACAAAUGCUGUAUACUUGCUUCCUGAAGAUGAUAUUGAGUAUAUAUAAAUUGUACUGGCUUAGCAGAAGAGGCUUGCUAAGCAGGCUGACCACUGACUAUGUUUUAUACUUACAUUUUGAGCAGUAUAUUAAUGGGCAUGACAAGAAUUUCACAAAAUAAAUCCCUUCUUAAUGCUGAGAAGAGGGGAGCUGCUUAGAGGAGAAAGGAAUUAAUACCCUUUCUCUUUACAGGAUCCUUUUCUCCUCUUAGUGCAUGCAACUCCCUAUUCAGGAUCAUGGGAUUAGUGCAUGUACAUCAAGGGGAGAAUAAUCAACAUUUCAUAUUUUCUUAUCAUAACUUAUUGAUCAUGCUUUCUUUUUGAAAAUAUAAUAAAUACAUCAUCAGAUACUUAAAUUUUGCUCUUCUAAACAGACAUAUCAGUAACACUUGAAAAACUGAAACUACAGCAGUGCACAAAACAGUACAAAACCAACACGAAUCUCUUCAUUUUGAAUUUUCUCUCUCAAAUAGGGGUUUUUAUACUCGCGCGCGCACAUGUACACAGAGUAUGUAUCAAUUAAAAUGACUGGAAAUAGCUGAAGUUAAUGUCACUAAUGAAGAUUAGCAGGUGGAUUGGAUUGGAAAAGUGAGUAUAGAUUUUAUAUCUUAUUUUCUUCUGGUUUAAUAGAGCAUAGCUUGUAUAUUUGACUACCAAGCCCUUUAAGAGCAAUAAUAAACAAAAAUAUAUCAUG